AUGGCAAAAAGACAUCCUUACCAUGCCGGAAACUAUACUCCCAUUCACACUACCCUAAAACCCCGGCCCUGUCCGUCUGAAGGCGCGAUUCCCGAGGAGUUUCUUGGAGGGCACACUGCCAACACAAGCUUUGUGCACCAUGAUGGUCGAGUUUUGGCCACGAACGAGACGGGCCCUCCUAUGCGUGUUAUCCUGCCAUCGCUAAAGACGGUCGGUUGGUUCACUGGUAGUAGAGCGGAAGGAGAGCCUACGGAUGAGAAACCUCAUCCAUACUUUGGCGGACCGGGAGUGGAAGGGUUUUUUAAAGAAAUGACAACGGCUCAUCCCCACGUUGACCCGCAGACCCAAGAGAUGUUCCUCUUCCAUGCGACCUUCCUAGCUCCAUUUGUCACUUACUCAACAGCCAAAAGCUCGUUCAACCAGACGCUCUGUCUCAACCAGCCCGUACCAGGAUUUCAGGGAGGUAGGAUCAUGCAUGACUUUGGCGUAUCGCGCAAACACACAGUCAUGAUAGAUCUACCAGUGUCAUUGGAUCCGUUCAAUCUUUGUCGGAAUCGGCCAGUAGUCGAGUACAACUGGCGUGGCCAGACACGCUUCGGGGUGUUUCCCCGGUACGAACCCGAGAAGGUAGAAUGGUACACCACAGCGCCCUGCAUGAUUAUGCACACUGUCAACACCUGGGAUGAAGAGACCUUCAAUGGAACGCGGGUUCAUCUGCUUUUGUGCCGGAUGAACAGUGCCGCUCCGCUCUACCAUAUGGGCGGCUUGGAAGCUCCGAACAUAACCAUUCCAGAAAGCCCCGAAUGCCGCCUGUACUACUAUCAAUUUCCACCCAACAAGGAGAACCCGAAGCAGAUCUCUCACCAGUGGGCAUUGUCUGCGAUUCCCUUUGAGUUUCCACACGUGCCGCAGCGCCUCCAGAUGGCACCGACUCGUUUCGUGUAUGGGAACUCGAUGCGGACUGGAGACUUUGCGGAAGCUUGUAUCAGCAACUUCAAGGUUGAAUGUCUUGUGAAAAUCGACGUGGCGGCUCUGCUUGCGCGAGGCCUCGCCGAUCCUCCGUCGCAGGUGGAUGGCUGUGUGGACAAGAGAUCUGUCGCCGAGGUUCUCACAUCGGAUGAUCCAAACGAUCCCAUCAAAGUCUUUACCUUGCCUGAUAGAUGGUACGCGCAGGAAUGCUCGUUUGUUGCUCGCAAGGAUGGUCAGUCCGAAGACGAUGGGUGGCUCGUCACCUACGUGUACGAUGAAUCGCAGCUCGACGAAAACGGCGUAGCACCCGAGGAUUCACAGAGCGAGCUGUGGAUUAUUGAUGCCUUGGAAAUGAAGGAAGUAGUAGCUCGUGUGCUCUUGCCGCAGCGUGUACCGUACGGGAUGCAUGGUAACUGGUUUCCUGAGGAGCAGGUUCUGGGUCAGCGAGAGGUGGAGCGUUUCCGGAAGUGA